AUGCAAUCUAUUUCAAAGGUUAUAUCACUUAUAAUGGCUUUAAAAGAUAACACUAUACAAGAUGUAUUUGAAAAAGUUGGAACUGAACCAACUAAAUACAAGUUUAAUUCUCUAAUACCAAUAGAUGACAAGCCAUCUAAUCCAUUAAUAAACGCUGGUGCCAUUACAACAGCAUCGUUAAUAGUGGGUAAGGACGUGGACGAAAAAUUCCAAAGAGUUCUUAAUAUGGUAAAAAAAUUAUCAAAUAGCGACAAGAUAAGCUUCCUAAAAGAGGUCUAUACUUCUGAAAUGGAAACUACUGAUGUCAAUAAGUCAAUUGCCUACUACCUAAGGAGCAAGAAAAUUUUCUCAUUAAAUGCUGAUGAAGUAUUGGACUUAUAUAUAAGAAAUUGUUCCAUAGGAAUUAAUGCAACUGAAUUAGCUAAUGGUGGUUCGGUUCUAGCUAAUGGUGGUUCUGAUCUUGUGACAGGCGAUGAAAUGGUUUCAAAAGAAGCAGUUAAAAUUGUCCUUGCACAAAUGGCAUCCUGCGGUAUGUAUGAAGAGAGUGGCGAAUUUCUUCUAAACGUGGGAAUUCCAUCAAAGAGUGGCGUCAGCGGAGCUAUACUUGGUAUUGUACCUGGUAAAUGUGGAAUUUGCACUUAUUCUCCAAGACUUGAUGAGUCAGGAAACUCAAUCCGUGGCAAGAACCUUUUGAAAAUCUUGUCAAACGAUCUAAAUUUAAACAUAUUUUUAUAA